UAUAUCACUUUGACAUUUUAAUCAAAAUGUCAAAUUAACAUCGAGUGAAAGCUUGUCGUCGUGUGGCGUUUUAAUCGAUUAUGUAAUGUUUAAAUAGUUUUUUUUUAGUUUUAAGCUCAAAAUAAGUUAAGUGUCAAAAUUCCUGUAAAUUAUACUGUGGCAGUAAACAAUGACAAAAGUUUGUCGUUUAUGUCUGGUGAGGUUGCAACGGGGGUCGAAGUACUUUAACAUCAAUGCUGUGGAGAGUUUCACUGGGUUCAUGCCCUAUAGGGAUCAGUUGACCACUUGUAUACCCGAAAUGGCUCUUGAUCUGAUCCCAAACCCAGUAAUAUGCAACAAUUGCCGAAAUGGGCUGAAGUCCUCCUACGAAUUCAAAUCCAGAUGCCUGCAGGUUGAGAAAAAAAUUAGGCAAUAUGUAGAAACAUACCUCACCGAUAUGACAAACUACGAUUUAACACAAAUAGACACCUCUGAUUUAUCUAAACCUGCCAAGUUUGAAGCUGAACAUAUAGUAAGGGUUACACCAGUAGUUAAAGAGCCACCAAGGUUGGUACCAAUAUUACCAAAGAACAAUGAAGAACUUUCACUCGACUUCGCACCUCCCUCCUCAAUACUCUCGAAUCUCUUAACGGUAAGGGACGAAUUGAUUUUACCCAGUUCAGGCGAAAUUGAAAUCACAAAUAUUAAAUAUAAACCCAAUAAAGCCUCGAAAAUUUCGCAACAAUCUGAACCAGCAGAAGUGGAGCUGACAAACACUACAAACCCAAUAACACAAGAUGGAGAGGGUAUGUUUUCAUGUAACCAUUGCAAGAAAAAGUUCCCGAACGUGCCGUCAUUACACAGCCACAAAACGAAGAUGCAUGAGGAGGAUUAUUUAUGUAAUUUUUGCAACAUUCCUUUCAAAUCAUUGCAGUGUUUGAGGAAGCACAAUCAGCUUUGUCAAAAAGUAAGAACUAAGUCAUCUGGUCCUAACGCUCCUUCAGCACAAAUUUUAACAAAAAGACCACAUUUGCCAACUAAGGCGAAGAACCAUCUAAAAAAGUGGCUGUUUAAUCACACGGACCAUCCGUAUCCAACCGACGUAGAAAAACAACAACUAAUGAAAGAGACUAACUUGUCCCUAUUGCAAGUGGAAAAUUGGUUUAUAAACGCCAGGCGGCGAAUCCUGGCCGACCUAACAAGACUGAAAAAUAUGACCAGUCGCGGAAAAGUACCUAGACCCAUUAGGCCAAAACGGGGGAGAGGGCGGGCGAGGAGUUCGCAAAAGAUCACCUUAGAGACUCUAAACGAAGAUUUGGCAGAUGAAGAGGAAUACAACGAUGAAUCUGCGUCUGCUGCUGAUUAUUUGAUGACCGACGUGGAGGCAGUCGAUUCCGCUAUAACUGAUUUUACUUUCGACGAGAGUAAUAUUAAGCAGGAAAUUGAGACUUUCGCCGAUACGCUGGACGAAGGAGAAGCGUCUGAACCAGAAGAAUCAGACAAAACACAGCCGGUGUCGAAGCCACAAGAGGAUCGAAAACCGAAUUUGUCAAUGAUGCAAGAUCCCCUUGAAAAUUCAAACGAAGAACAAAAUACAAGUACUGAAAGUAGAGUCGAUUCGCCAGCAGAAAGAAACGACGAGGGCUCGGAAAGUAGUGAGGAGGAUGUGCCUCUUAGUAAAUUAGGUAUUACUCCGAUCCAUGUAAAUAUUAAAAUGGAAGUUGAAGAUGUUGACGAAAGGUAAUAUUCUUAGGAGCUGUAUUUUUAUCUCAAAAUUUUUAUUUUUGUUAUAUGUGAAUUAUCUUUUUGGUUAUGAACCAAGUUUUUUAGAUUUCUCAGUUUUGGUCAGUAAUGAUUAUUGUUUUUUUGUAAAAAGUCCUUGUGGGGUUUAUUUUGAUGAUUCUUGUUUUUCUGUAUUUUGUUUAUUAUGGUUAAACCACUUUUUGACAUGUUUGUGAAGAAAGAAAAAAUGGUACUGUUAAUGUUUUAUUUUAGUUACUCUAUGAGCAAGAGUUCUACCUAAUUCUGUGUCCUUUAUUGAUAUAAAUUAACAGACCGGAUAUACAGAUAGAUACUAAAUUUAUAGAUUAACCACAAUUUUCUGUUUUUUUCCUUUAAAGAAAUCAAUACACUACAACAAAAGAAACAUCAAAUCGUGAUUUCUUAAAUAUGGUCCUUAGUCAGGCAGACUAAGUUUUAAGAAAAUUUAAAACAGAAUUUUAAAUUAUUAUGGGGGUAACGACAUAAAAAUUCUAAUAAUGUCAUUUUCAGGCCAACCUAUGCUUUUAAAUUUACUUUAUGGUGCUUUGACAUAUUUGAACAUUUUUCUCCAAUAAAAGUCACCAUAUUAAUUACUGGAUAGAGAUUUUUUCAAUAAAUUCGAUAAAAAAUAAAUAGGGCAGACACAGCAAUUGGCAAAAAAAUCAAUUAUACAGGAUGUGCUAUAGCCACUGCAACUUUCUUAUUUUAAAUGGAACACCUCAUAUAUUAAUGCAUUUUUAGAUUCUAGAUAAGAUUUCAAAAAUGUUGAUGUAUCAAGAUGCGUAUACCACCAAAAUUGUACGAAAUUUUUUUUAACCUUAAUAAAAGAACUUCCUAAAUUUAAUAGAAUUUCUUGGCUUUGUAGAAUACACGUUGCUUUUGAGGUAACCCUAAAGAUAAAAAUCUAAUGGGGUUAGGUCAGGGGACCUUACAGGCCACCAAAUUGUUUCCCUCCGUCCAAUACAUUUAUUUUGAAAAAAUAUGAUUCAGAAAUUGGCGUACAUUAGCCGCAUGGUGGAGAAGUGUACGAUCCUGUGGAAAGUAGAUCCUUUCGUCUGGGUUUUUAUGUUAAGUAGGAAAUUCUUCUCUUAAUUCUAGUACCAAAGUGUUUUGCAAAAAUUGAGAACAUUUGUCACAUACAUUUUGAUUUAAAAAAAAGUUAAGGUAAUAAUUUCUUCAGUUGUUCCUGCCCACACAUUAAUUUUGCUUGAUGUGGAUCGGGUUCAUCCUUUUGCGGCUCCUAGACAGAUUUCAUUUUAAAAGUUGUUUUCCUGCUGACUUUGAAUUUCAAAACAGUUUUUUAACCUAAAUUAUGCUCCCGAAUUAUUUAUCUGAACUAUUUAUUAUUGACUUUUCCUGGUAUGUAAGAAUAUCAAGUUAUGUAUCCUCGUUUACAGACUCAAUUCUUGUCCAUGAGUUUUAAAAUGGCUUUUCAUUUGACUUUUUUGAUAUAACAUGCAUAUCUUCAUGUUAUGGUCAAAUAUAGAGCAGCUAACUAAAUUUGGUAAUUUUAUUUAAUAUCUGGUGGCAUAUCCUUUAUUCUUAAUAACUUCUAAACAUUGAUCUUUCAUAGAAUGUAAAAGUUUAUCAAUGUAAUCUUGGGAUACAGAAGGUAUUCUGUCUAGUGGUAACUGGUUUUGGACUUCUUCAUACAGUUCAGUCAAGUUUAAUGGUUUUUUUCUUAUGUCUAUUUCAUCCCACUUGUUCAUGCUGGUCAGAGCAUUACGUGCAUGUUAUUUGCAACAAACCAAUCUUUUAUUAAUUUGGAGGUGUGUUUCGGCUCAUUAUCAUGUUGAAAUGUCCAUCUUAAACUCACGUUAUCCUCGGCAAAUGGAAGCAUGUGGUCUUCUAGAAUGAUACAAUAUACAACAUGGUCCAUUAUUCCCUCUAUUUCCCUAGUGAACCCAUGCCAAACCCCGAAAAACAACCCCAAACCAUAAUUCCAUUUCCUCCAUGCUUCACAGUAGCUCUUGCAUAUUUAGUUUUGAAACGUUCAUUGAUGGGUCGCCUAACCCAAGAAAUUCCAUCAAAUUUAAAAAGUUUAAAAGUUAACGGUUUUAAUUUUUGCAAAGGCUUAUUCACAUGUUCUCUAGCAAAGCGAAAUCUAGCCUCUCUAUCUUUUCUAGAUAUAAAGGGCUUUUUAGCGGACUUCCUCCCAUAUAAACUAAUUUCUCUUAGUCUUCGUUUUAUGGUACUUAUAGACAUAGACACUUCAGAAAUUUCUUCUUUUAUAUAGGAUGCAUCAAGGGGUCAUUAGCAAAAAGCAUUUUAAUUUUUCUGUCAACGGCACUAGUAGUUUUGCGUCUCCUACCACUCUUGGAGACUGCUUCUAAAGUAGUUCUUCUGCUAAAAUUAAAAAUUAAUAUAUACAUAGCCUUUGAUACUAUCGAUUUAUUUAAAUUUAAAUUUUUUGCCAUUUUACACCGUUUUUUUCCUUUUCUAAGAUUUUUUUAUUUUAUUUGGGUGGGUAAAUGGCAUUUUGUAUCUAAUAAGAACUGGACCGAUGGAAAUCUAAUUUUAAAAUGGACUUAAAAAAUUAGUUGGUCUUCUUAUGAGCUUCACAGCAAAAAAAUUGUAAGAUAAGAAUGUUAAGAAAAAAGUUUUCCUUAUUCUGAAGUAGACUCAAUAUAACAUUGAAAAGUUAGUAGGGGAAGUCUUGUCAUACGGUCUGACUGACUAUGAAGUCUUUUCUUUAGAAAUAAAAUACAAUCCUCUAAUUUAAGGAAUUUUUGGCGAGUAUUCUUGCCAUCAUCAGACUCUAAAAUAUAUUACAAACAGUUCAAAAACAUUUUUUUGCAUGUGCAUCACUUCUUAAAUUAGAGGAUAAGUAUUUUAUUUGUGGAGAGAAGACUUCCCUUACCAACUUUUCAAUAAGAAUAUUGUUUAUUAAAAGUGUGGGUAUUUAUGGUAAGGAAUGUAUAGCCAAGACCAAAUAUAAAUGUUUUAUAAUAAAAUUGUUUUUUACUUGCUGCUUUUUAACUAUUACAAAAUUUGAUUUUUAAUUUUGUUGGUCUACAUAUGAACGAUAUUUUCAAGAUACAACUUAUGCAUAUAUUUUUCUUAAAUUCAAGUCAUAGCUUAUAUGAAAAAUAUUUUUGCUAGAGUGAAAAUGAGUCAGUGUAUUCAACCCUUCAUUUUAACAGCAAUAGAAGAAGAUUAUAAUAUAUUUUUCUACCUUGUCUUCUGAAGUUUGCCCGUUCUGCUAGCUUCAGUUUAAUAAGAAUUUCUUACUUGCUUUGUAAUAAUGUACAUCACAGACUUGAAAGCUUUGAGACAUACUACAACUUAAAACUUCCUGUUACGAUAAGAUAAAUCUGAGUUUGAUUUUGCAUGGAACACGUUAGCACUUCGGUUUCCGGUUGCGGUUUAGGCGACUCGAUUGACGAUUACUUUUUCAUAAAAUCGUAUGUUUUUUAUUACCAGCAUCCGAUAUCCUACCAGUUACGUUGGUGCAAUUGAUAAUUACAUUAUCUAUAAAAAUGAAGCUUUAAUUCACCUCUAAUAGCAAUUCAUUUGUUAAAUUAGUGUGAGAAUACGGAUCGGGCCAGUUUAGUAUCACUUAUGUUGUUUUUCACCUAUUUGCUUGGAUGAUUGGUUUUCUCUUGUAUAAUAAAUAAUUUUGUUCAAUAACUUGCAUCGUUGUUACUUCUUAAUAAUUGGUAACGGCCUAACUGCCACUCAUUUAACAAAUCAUGACUUUAGAAAGUAAUAAAAAAACAAAUAAAGUCUCUUACUAUUGAGAAUUGAACCCGGGACACCCGCUUUAUGAUCUUAUCUGAUUCACAAAAUCAGGAAAAAAUCUAAAAUUCAUACUAAAAAUACAACAUAAAGUUUAUAUGCCUAUAACAAUUACACUUCAAUUAAAUAUAAAUAAAAGGCUUUUAACGCGAUAUUUUGGUUCACAGCGUUUGGUAAAUAAGAAUCAUCAAAAUCAUCACCCAAGAGCCGAAAGCUAGUUUUUUUUUUAAGACAAAUUGAUGUAAAUAAUCCUUAUAAGACUAAUUAUUAGUGAUAUCGACGGCGAUUAUACGAUGUAUAAGACUUUAGGAAAUACAUUACUCU